AUGACGGUCCUCCAGACAUGUGCCAGCGAUGAUGAGACGACUGAAUAUCUCGAGACUCCGGCUUCAGAAGAGACUCUCGAUGGAAUCGGUGUUGAGGAACAACUGCAGCCGGAUGAGCAUGAUGGUGGCUACGGCUGGGCCUUUGGAGUCUAUCUCACUCACUACAUCUCGACAAACGCCUUCCCCGGAACUUCUGAAAUCGCAUACUCCUUCAUCGGCGGCCUCUCCCAGUCCCAGAUCCUCCUCAUUGCCCCCCUCGUCACGCACGCCACCCGCGUAUUCGGCACAAAACCUCCCCUCGUCGUAGGUGCGGUUAUGGAGGCCGGUGCCCUGAUCGGUGCGAGCUUCGCGAAGCAAUCGUGGCAACUCUUCCUAUCGCAGGGAUUGCUCUUUGGCUGGGGCUGCUCUUUCUUGUACAUUGGCACCAUUGGCAUUAUUCCCCAGUGGUUCGCCCGGAGGAAGGGCAUCGCGAAUGGGAUUGCGGCCGCGGGGAGUGGCAUUGGCGGUUUGAUAUACAGCUUGUCGACCGAGGCCAUGAUUUCUAACAUUAACGUCGCAUGGGCCUUUCGCAUAACGGCGAUCUGCACUGCUGCGGUAAACAUUAUCUGCAUCAUCCUGAUCAAGGAUCGAAACAAGCACAUCCAGCCCACGCAAAACGCUUUCGAUCUUGGCCUCGUUAGGAGACCGGAGCUUCUCCUCAUUUCGACGUGGAUGUUCCUCAGCAUCAUUGGGUAUACGUGCGUUUUGUUCUCGCUUCCGGACAAUGCGGUUCGGAUUGGCCUUACAGCCCACCAAGGUUCUGUUCUGGGAGCCUUGGCUAAUUUGGGGAUGGCCAUUGGGAGACCUAUCGUGGGCUACUUCAGUGACCGCGUGGGGAGGCUCAACAUGGUGAUUUCGGCCACUCUGCUGGCUGGCAUUUGGUGUUUGUGUCUGUGGACAUCGGGCACAUCGUACUCGGCGUUGCUUGCGUUUUCUAUCCUCGGAGGCACAACGGUUGGUACAUGCUGGGCUAUGGUCGGACCCAUGUUGGCGGAUGCUUUCGGAAUGAAGCUCCUCCCUUCGGCACUGUCCAUAGUCUGGACAAUUUCUGCUGUCCCCUCGGCUUUUGCCGAGGCCAUGGCGUUGGGACUUCGACGACCGCAGGCCCCCGUCUACCUGGACGUUCAAAUUUUCUCUGGGUGCAUGUUUAUCGGAGCCGCGCUAUUCUUAGUGCCGCUCAGAUUCAAGAAGAGAAUUGAAGCAAUGGUUCUUUCCGAGAAGCAAUAA